UCAAAAAAAACAAACAGAAUAAAAUUGUAAUUUGGCGAUGCUAAAUGCUAUUGCUACUACAUGCUCACUAGGUCUGAAGUGACUGAGGUCUCUCCACUCUCCAGGCAGGCGGGUAAUGGUAAUACAUCGUCUCUCGUCCGGAUCAUGGCAUGGAACGGCGGCGAUGUUUGUCUGCCCAUCGUAGAGCUGUGUGUUAAGGAGCUUAACAAAAAUUUGCGAAUGUUUGUAUUUGCUCAUUAUCCAGCAUUUGGUAUGGUUUAUGACGAUAUGUCAGUGUGAUGUGAUUGAUUCCAUUCCAUUCUAAUUAUAGGAAAUGUGGAAGAGGUAGAGUGAAUGAUAAUAUGUAUUAUGUAGUAUAUUCAUUCUCCUCAUGUAACGGCCCACCAUUAAAAUUAAUGGACUUGUUGGAGAGGGGAAAGAAGGAACAUUACUGAUUAUGCUCUCUCCCUUUCUCGUUCUCUUUCUCUUUCUCUUCUCUCUCUCAUGAAUCAUACAAUCAUCGCGUAAUACAUAUGACAUUGACAAUGGCCGUGGAUACGACGAAAUUUCAUAUGAUGUAGACGUUGGGAUUGGUGCUCUAUAGCCCGGGCUCGGUUGAAUAUUUAUUAAUUAAUUAAUUAAUAAUUGAUUAGGUUAGAAGAGAUUGGAUAGAUCGAUGUCGAAGGAACCGCUGAGUCCAAGCAAUGACACAGAGCAGACGAUCGUCUGCUAUGCUCCCACUAUGAUUACCACCAAUGGCAUCUGGCAAGGAGAUAAUCCUUUGGAUUACUCGUUGCCGCUCUUCAUCCUGCAAUUAACGCUCGUCGUUGUCACCACCCGCCUCCUCGUUUUGGUCCUCAGGCCUCUUCGACAGCCUCGCGUUAUUGCGGAGAUUCUUGGAGGUAUAAUCUUAGGCCCCUCCGUACUGGGGCAAAGCAACAAAUUUGCAACCACGGUGUUCCCCUUGAGGAGCGUGAUGGUUCUGGAGACGAUGGCAAACGUAGGGCUUCUCUACUUUCUCUUUCUGGUCGGGGUAGAGAUGGACAUCAGCGUGAUCCGACGCACCGGGAGAAAGGCCAUAUCCAUCGCAAUCGCAGGCAUGGUACUACCGUUCCUCAUCGGCGUGUUUUAUGCGCUGGUGCUGGAGGAGAAGCUGAGGCCUGAUUUUGUAAAGCUCGGCACAUUCAUAUUGUUCCUGGGGGUGUCACUCUCCGUCACCGCGUUCCCCGUGCUCGCGCGCGUGCUGGCCGAGCUCAAACUCCUCAACACGGAGAUCGGCAGGAUCGCCAUGUCCUCAGCCCUCAUCAACGACAUAUGCGCUUGGGUCUUGCUGGCCUUGGCCAUCGCCUUGGCCGAGAACGAGGCCAUGUCCCUGGCCUCUGUCUGGGUGCUGCUCUCCAGCGUGGCCUUCGUCCUGUUCUGCAUAUUCGUUCUCAGGCCCUUCAUCUCCUGGAGUGCCGGGAGGACGCCCGAGGGAGAGUCUAUCAGCGAAUUCUACAUCUGCCUGAUCCUGACGGGUGUGAUGGUCUGCGGGUUCAUCACGGAUGCCAUCGGUACGCACUCUGUGUUCGGGGCAUUCGUCUUCGGCUUAAUCAUCCCUAACGGCCCAUUGGGCGUGAUCUUGAUCGAGAGGCUCGAGGACUUCGUCUCGGGGCUGCUGCUGCCGCUCUUCUUCGCCAUAAGCGGGCUCAAGACCAACCUGGCCAGUAUCACGGGAGUGUCCACCUGGGCAGUGCUGGCCCUGGUCACCGCGCUCGCCUGCAUGGGGAAGAUUGUUGGGACGCUUCUUGUUUGUCUUUACAACAAGAUGCCGUUCUACGAAGGGCUAACUCUCGGGGUACUCAUGAACGCCAAGGGCCUCGUUGAGAUGAUUGUCCUCAACGUCGGCAAAGACCAGAAGGUUCUGGACGACAAGGCAUUCUCAACGCUGGUGAUUGCGACGGUGGCGAUGACCUCAAUCAUUGCACCGGCGGUGACAAACAUAUACAAACCGGCAAGGAAAGCCACGCCCUACACGAGGAGAACGAUCCAGAGAUCAGACCAGGGGGAGCUGCGGGUCCUGGCGUGCGUCCACACUCCCAGAAACGCCCCAACAAUGAUCAACCUUCUGGAAGCCUCCCACCCCAACAAAGCCUCUCCCAUCUACGCCCUGGUCCUCCAUCUGGUCGAGCUCACCGGCCGCGCCUCCGCCAUGCUCAUUGUCCACAACACGCACAACCAGCAGCAGCAGCAGAAGUCGGGCUCAGGCUCAGGGGCCCCCGGGCUUGACCCGACACAGGCUCAAACUGAUCACAUCAUCAACGCAUUCCGCAACUUCGAGCAGCAGGUGGGCGGGUUUGUGUCGGUGCAGUCCCUCACAACCAUCUCCCCCUACUCCACCAUGCACGAGGACAUCUGCUCCGUGGCUGAGGACAAGCACGUGGCCUUCAUCAUCCUCCCCUUCCACAAGCAGCAGACUGUGGACGGCGCAAUGGAAGCCACCAACCCAGCCUACCGGACCAUAAACCAGAAUGUGCUGGCCAACGCGCCCUGCUCCGUAGGAAUCCUUGUGGACAGAGGCCUCACCGGGGCGGCCAGAUUGCCUAACCAGCAGCAGCCAGGGGCCCAUCACGUGGCGGUCCUGUUCUUCGGGGGCGCGGACGACCGGGAGGCGCUGGCGUACGGGUGGAGGAUGAGCCGACAUCCAGAGAUUAGUCUGACGGUAUUGCGAUUCGUCUCGGGAGAGCAGGCGUCGAGGCAUGCAGAUGCAGAUGCAGAUGCCAUGGGGGAUCAUUCAUACGGAGACGAGGACGAGGGGUGCCUGAACCAGUUCAAGGCACAAACAGAGAACGAUCCGUGGGUUAACUACAUUGAGCAGGUGGUGAAUCACGGAGAAGAGACGGUGGCGACGAUAAGGUCAAUAGACGUGGUUCAUGAUUUGUUCGUGGUAGGGAGGGGGCGGGGGAGGGAGUCGCCGCUCACGGCAGGGCUGACGGACUGGAGCGAGUGCCCGGAGCUAGGGGCGAUAGGAGAUCUGCUGGCGUCCUCCGAUUUUGCGGCCACAUAUUCGGUGGUGGUGGUGCAGCAAUACACAGGGGUAGGGGUUGGGGUGGAGAACGAGCUGAUUCGGAGCCCCUAGCACUUGUGGUAGUAAUCUUAUAAUUAUUGCUUAUUCUAUUUACUUUUUGUACAUAUACGUUGUCCAUGUAUAUCUAUCUA